GUCUGACUCGUUUUAACACAUGUCGAAAGACAUAUUUAUUACUCUUUUACAAGCUAAAAGCUCAAGUGGAGCGAUCUAUGGGCUUCUUGCAGUUUACCAACACGACAAUGGCCGAAUUGUCCGUAUAGGAUAUUUUUUAUUGGCCCGUACGUCCCAACCUGCCAUGUCUUUGGUUUUAAAAAUGGCGUAUACAAGCUUUUUGUUUGCCGGUGUACGCUGUUGAAUACUUUCCAAGACCUCGCGCGUAUUCGUAUAAGACCUAAACGUCGUGAAUAUGAAAUUAAAGUACAUGUGUAGAUAUGACAGCGUCGCAAAACAGUAGAUAAUGGAGAGUUCAGAAGAUGAUGCGGGCACAGCGACGAACGCUUCCCGCCGUGCAUCGGCGCGGGAAAAGGACGUCGGUCUGGCCGAGGACGUCAAUGCAACUAGUAGUUUCCAGCAGGAACCAUCUGAAACGCGGACGGCUUGUGAUACUCCCGCGAUGUCGGAAGAUAAUUUCGACGGCGAUAGUGUACCGUCGCCGUCGGCGCAGGACGUCAACGCGAGCACCGAGGCGAUUUUGGAUAUGAUAGAUGAAAUUGUGGACGGUCCGGGUGCGCCAAAGCGGGUACCUUUAGAAUCGGAAUCUGUUGAUACGCUUUUUGACGAACUCGAAAUUACCAGUGAACACUCGAAUAUCAUCAUACAAGAAUCAAGUAAGACUCUUUCGGACAACAUCACCUCUCAACCUGCUGAAGCAUCUCCAGCCGAAAAUGCCAAAAGCGAUUCACCGCUUCAGCUUGGCAUUAGUUCUCAAACCGAAUCAUCUUUAAGUGAUCUAUCACCGGGUGUUUUAAAUACAGACAGUGUUGACUCUUUACCACAAAGUUCGUCUCUGCCAGAGGCUGGUGAGCCUGCAGUGUCUACACAGCCUGAAGACAGUGCUCUGUCAAAAGUACCUGAGGUACCUGAAGCCUCUGAAGCACCUGCUAUUUGCCCUCCACCCAAUAUUCCUUCCAGCAGUGAAGAAAAGACUGUGCAAAACAUUACGGACUCAAGUGGUGAAUGUGAAACACAAGAACGAACAGUGAAGUGUGUGUCAUCCAGUGAUAAAAGGGACAAUGUAACUGUUGAAAGUGCAGAAUCCACAUCUAGUGAUAGUAGUGUUAGUGAAGGUAAAGCAGUGUUUGUAGAAACGCCAGUUCGGUCACCACUCAAACGACGUCUGGUACGGCCAGCCCCCAGUGAUAGACGGCCUGACUCUACAGUGUCCUCAACUGUUGAUUCCCAAAUUGUUCAUUUACCCACUACUGAACAAACAAGUAGUGAAAAUAUCACCAAGGAUGUGACAAGUUCAUCUGAUGCUGUGCCCACAUUACAUGGUAACGUAAAACCAGAAGAGAUUAGAAAUGUAAGUGAAAUUAAUUUCUGCAAAGCAGAAACAUCAAGUUCUCCUAAAAAAAUUAAGCUUAUUAGGCAAAAAGUUAUUUCUGGUACUAAUAAUACAGAUAAUUCUAUUAAUCAGACUGCUAUUCAAUCAGAUAAGGAUCAGUGUCAAUCAACUUCAUCAGAAAGCCAUUCAUUACCCUUGCCUGAGCCUCAUUCAGAAUCUUCAAAUAACAUUAAUAUCUCACAAUCUCAAGACAGCAAUGAGCCACUUAUACUUGUUGCUAAUUGCAUAACUGAAAAGCCUGUUAAUAGUCCUGUGCAAACAGCAAGCUCUGAUGAACAUUCCCUAACCAGAAUAGAACAUUCUCAUUCAUUAAAACUAGAGCAGGUUGAAAAACAUGAUAGUAAUGAACAGAUCCCAUCUGGCCAGUCGACCUUAUGUUUACCAAAUGCAUUGGAAUCAAUCAAACAUAUUGUUGAUGAAAAUAAUGUAGUAAAGGAAACUAGUAGUAUAUCUUUACCAAAUUCAGCUUCACCACAAGCUAAAAUUAUAGAAAAUGAUUUGAACCCUGAUGAAAGCAAUGUUAACUAUGAUGAACAUAAGGAUACUAAAGAUAUAGAAAGUGCUCAAAAUGAAGUAUUACCUUCUUUACAAAACACACCUGCAUGUACACAAAAUUUCGAGGGCUCUAAAUUGGAAUGUACCAAUAGCACAGCUGAAAAUCACACAAUAACACAGGAUUGUGAGAAAACUCAAGGACAUACAGAGGGCCAUCAUCAUAGAAAUGAGCAAAAUGAAAUACAAAUGGAUGAUCAUACACAAGUCGAAGAUCAAAAGAAACAGGAACAUGAAAUGCAAGUAGAAGAGCACUUAGAAAGGAAAGACCACACACAAGCUCUAGACCAAACACAAGGGAAAGAUGGUAGGCAGCUUGAAGAGCAUACAGAAAAACAAGAUCACACACAAGUCCAAAACCAAACAACACAAGAAGACAACAAGGAAGUGCAAGAUACCUCAAAAGAGGAGGAUCAUACCCAAGAGCAGGAUCAUACAGAUUUAAAAGUUCAAAUGCAGGUGCAAGAUCAAACACAAGUGCAAGAUCAUACACAAGUGGAAGAUCAUACAGAAUUACAAGAUCCUACACUAGUGGAUGGUGACACGCAAGUUCAAAAUCACACUGAAGUUCAAGACCAUAACCAAUCAGAAGAUGUUUCACAAGUGGAAGAUCACACACAAGUGCAAGAUCAUAAAGGACUUGAAGAUAACAUACAAGUGCAUGAUCAUACACAAGUGCAAGAUCACACGCAAGAACAAGAUCUUCCGCAAGAGCAAGAUCAUAUCCAAGAGCAUGAUCAGACCCCACCACCUGAUCACACAUCAGAUCCUGUGAGCAUACAAAUGCAAGAUAAAAUCCAAAUGGGUGAACCUAAGCAUGUGCAAGAGGAUGAAAAGAAAGUUCCACCUAUCAAACUAAACUUAUCUAUGGCUAAUCUAUCUGAAUCUAACAAAGAGACAGACCACAGCAGUAUUAGUAAAACCAAUGCUAUUCAUGAAGAAUCUGAAAUCACUAAACAAGUACCUAAAUUAACAAUCAAAUUGAAACAAUCAGAUGAAAUAAAGUCUCCUGUACCUAAAGUAACAAUAAAACCUAUCAAACCACCUGUUGAACAAGAUUCAGAUGAUAACACAGAAGAUAAUCAUCAAGUACCUUGUGUUACUAAAAUAAAUAUUAAGCCGAUCCCCAAACCAACAGAAAAUAUCAUAGAGGGCUCUACUAGAUCAAAUGCAAGUGUCACAAAGCUAAAUAUAAAACCAAUACUGAAGCCUCCAGAGAAAAUAAAUGAUUUUCAUAGAAAAUCCAGUAGCAGUGAAAUUUCAGAAUCUGAAUAUUCUGAAAAUGAUGAAACCAGUACUUCAGACCAAGCAUCUGCUUCUGAUCAAGGACCUUCUGAUAUUGUUCCGAAAGUUACAAUAAAACUAGGUAAACCUGGCACUGAGAGUGAAGGUAAAUUUUAUACUGAAAAAAAUAUUCCAAAACUUACUAUAAAAGUUCAACAAGAUGAAAAUGAUGACCAAGAACCUAAAUUAAAGAAAAUGGUAAUAAGCCAGUCAGAAGCAUCUUCAGACACACAACUUGAAAAAGUUCCAAAAUUGACUAUAAAAACUAUUUCGAAAUCAGAAAGUCAGCCACUAAGUCCAAAGUUGACUAUUAAACCUUUGAAACCACCAGAUGUAACAAAUAAAGAUGGAGAAAUACCUAAAAUGAAAUUAUCUACUGAACCAACUGAAGUAAAGGAAAGUCCACAUGUGCCUAAAAUUACAAUUAAACCUGUAACAAGGUCUACAGCAAUGUGUGACAGUCCAGAACAUAUCCCUGUAGUAACUAAAUUAAAUAUCAAACCUAUUUUGAAACCUACAGACAGUGGAGAAGCCCCUGAAAGCUUUGAAGAUAAAGUUCCUGUAGUUUCAAAAUUAAAUAUAAAACCUGUUCUAAAGCCUAAAGAUAAUGAUGUAGAUUCUAGUGUAGAUGAUGUACCUAAAAUUACUAAAUUAAAUAUUAAACCAAUAAAAAAUCCUGAAGAUAAUUCUUCAGAGGAAAAAGACUGUGAUGAAUUGAAUGCUGACAUUGAAAAAAAUAGUAUACCUGUUGUAACUAAAAUUAAUAUUAAGCCUAUAAUUAAGCCUCAUGAUGAAGAAACAUUAAAAGAUUCAGAAAACCAAUCAUCAGAGACUGGUAAUUCAAGUGAUGAUAAUGGAGAUCAUAUACCUGUUGUUACAAAAUUAAAUAUAAAACCAAUCGUUAAACCUGAUAGCUCAGAUGAAUCAUCUAAAACUGUUUCAUCUAGUGAACCAAGCAUUCCUGUUGUAACUAAAUUAAAUAUAAAACCUUUAAUAAAACCCGGAGAAAGCAUCUCACCAUCUUCCCCUAAAAAGGAACAUAAAAUUGAUGGCCAUAGUCCAACAAUACCAAUUGUUACAAAAUUAAAUAUUAAACCGGUUUUAAAGCCUGAAGACCCAGACGUAACAAAAAGUAAGGAAGAUAGUCUAGAUAAAACUCCUUCAAAAAAUCCUCCCCUUGUAAUGAAAAUCAAUAUGAAAACCAUGACAGAAAAUUUCAACAAUGAACAUGCAUCUUGUAACAACAUCAAUGAACCAUUGCCCAUGUCUCCUAAAAAAGGAAAAGUAACUAAUGCAUUAGAAUCUAAAUCUGAAGGAACUCUAGAAAAGAAAAGAAGCAGUGAACCAGUAAAUGAUGUACAGGCUGCAAUAAAGGACAAUUGUGUACCUGACUCCAUUGAAAAGAAUGCAGAUAUUGAAACACCAUUUGUAAAUAAACAACCAUCUUUAAUAUCAGAUAAAGAAAAGCAUUCAUCAGAGGCAGGCCCAGAAUGUGACUCUUUAGUUACAGGAUCCUCUUUUCCUGAGUCCAGUACUGAUAAAAUGCCUGUUAUUAAUGCAACUGGCCCAGAACACAAGAAUAUAAAUUUUGGACCUACUGACUCCAUAAGUGAGGCAAAUAUGAUGCAAACAAUUACUAGGUCGAAGUAUUCAUCAGUGCAAAAUUGUACUUUGUUGAAAAAACUGUUAGAAAAUAAAUGUAGUUUAGAUAAAAGCCUUGAUGUUUCUCCAAUAGUGAAUUAUUCUUUGCCAGCUGAGAACAAAACUUUGAACAGUGAUCAUUUAGUUGAAUCGGGUAAAUCUAGCUUAGACAGAUUAAGUUCUGGAAAUAUUGAGAAAAUUGAGAAGAGAAGUGCUACUCCUGAUAAGAUUAACGAUUCAAAGAGGUCUGUGGAUUCAAAUACCCAUGCAAUCCAAGAUCAUUGUGAUAAGGCAAAUGAGAACUUAACCAAGCCCUUAGAAAUUACCAUAUCUGAUAAGGUUACAAAUCAAAGUUCUGGCCAAGAUUCUCCAAGAAUAAUAUUAAAAAUUAAUAAGACUGAUCAUGGUCCCUCAGCAAAAAUUAUAACUGAAGAAGUAAAGAGGCCUGAUGUGCAACAAAACCUCUCUGAAAAUACUCAAGAUCUUGCAAAUGAUAAGUCAAGUCCGAAAAAAUAUGUAAAUAGUCGAAAGAAACAAUCUUUGGAUACAUCAUUGAAUUUAUCUUCAGGUAAGCGAUUAAGGAGUUCAAGGAUUGUAGAAAAUACAGAGAAGACUCCAAUAGCUAGGCGGAAUAUGGGCAAGAGGCCAUCUACAACAGAUACUAGCCCUCCUCAAAACAAAGAUUCUGAGCUUUCCUUGUUACAAAGUAAACGGUUAAAAUUAGGACAACUUUUGGGCAACAAGUCCCUUACAAUGACUCCUGUUACAAAAACUUCUCCGCCCUCACCUACAAAGACUGGUUUAGAUUUAAAACAGGGAGUUAAAACUGUCAAUCACUCCCUGCUAAAUAACGAGAAUUGUUCAAAGAAUGGCAACUCAAAAUUGCAUAAUAUUUUGUCAAAUUUACAUGCAAAACAAAUGCAAUCAUUGCCUUAUAACAAUACAAACUGUUUAGAAAAACCACAAACUGUGGCUACUGAUAAAGAAAUAAAUGCCUCAGUGAGUAGUUUAGAUGCAGUUGAAACUGCUCCUGUAGAAAACUCUCACCCCGAACUACAAGAAAUGAUAAUAAAUGAAAACUCAGAAUUUGGCACUACUCCUGAAGAGGUUUCUCAGGAUCCUUUAGAGGUGGCCAGGCCACCUGAAGAAAGCCCAGAGAUUGUUGAAAUACCUAAAUCAGCGGAAUUAACACCGCAACCAAAAAAACGUGGACGUCCACGAAAGUUGCCUGUAUCUGAAGGAGCGAAACCCGUCACAUUGCCAGUACCUGCCUUAGAAGAGCGGCCGCAGCGGUCAUUACGCUUAAUGAGGGACAGGCCAGCAAUACUGACGAAGCCACGAGGACGUGGUAGAGGCCGAGGGGGACGACGUGUUGAAGCGACUACGCCGCCCACAGAACUCGAGACUAUAGUGGUUAUCGAGCCUGCUGAUGAGCCGGAAGACCGGCCACCUCCUGCUGACAUCGACCCUACCAGUUCGAGAAUCAAACUUCCUCGGAUGACGGAAGCUCUCGACAAAAUGCCUUCUGCGUGCGUAACACCUUUGACAAGUAGACGACGGAAUUCAUCAGGGAACUUCUCGACUGGUGAAUCGUCGGAAUUGAAGGUGGUGCUUGAGAACGCGAAAAUGGAGGAUAUGAGCAAGACUCCCGAAGUUAGUGGUUCAGGGAGGGGUCGAGGUGGGCGGGGGAGCAGGGGCGGUCGGGGUAGGACGCCACGUGGGCGAGGACGGGGCAGGGGAGGCGGCCGGGGCGCUACCUAUAUGAAGGAAACAAUGGGCAUCUACGGGCGAGUGUGUGGGCCAGCUACGACGACAGUGCAGCUCUUCGAAGAAGAAACAUGUAUGAUGGACGAUAACGCCACUCCUGCUAAGCCCACACACUUAUUGGACGAAGAUUCUCAAAGUUCAGUGAAGAGUUCGACGAAUGAGAGCAGUAAAAUGAAGAAGUCAAAAUUUGCUGACUUGUUUGACAGUAAUAAGGUGUGGACGGCCGCUGAUGUAAAGGAAUACACGUGGCCCCCGCCAGAAAAGGCUGAUGUUGAACAUAAGGUAAUGAUGAUUCAGGAGCAAGUAGCAAUGUUCUUAGGAGUGAAAAGCUUCAAGCGGCGGUACGCCGAGCUGAAGAGGCGGACAAUCUCGGGUGAGGAGAGAGACUACGUUCUUAGUAAAGGUCUCGUGACUGAAGCAUUGUGUGACCUUGGUAUCACCGCGGUAGACGCAAGUGAAGUGUUAGAUAUCAUGCUAUCUGACUAUCCUCAUAAAUAUGAAGAGUAUCGGUCGUAUCAGCGGCAAAGGCAAUUGGCUGAAGCUGCUGAGGAACCAGCCGAAGAAGUUAAAACGGAAGAAAAGGUGGUUAAGGUUGAAAUGAAAGCGGAGAAACCAGUUGAACAUAAACCUGAACUGCCAAAAAUUGACCCUGAAAAGACAAGACAGGACAUGGCGGCGGCGGCCAUAGCGUCGGCGAGCGAGUGGAACGCGCGUACGAACGCGAUGCGGCGCGGCGCGUGCGCCGACCUGCAGUCGCUGACGGUGCAGCGCGCGCGGGCCGCGCCGCCCGCCCCGCCGCGCGCCCACCUGCGCCCGCCCGCCGGCUUCUACCCGCAUGCGCUGCUACCCGGACAGUACCAGCACUCCUACAGGGUCUACACGCCCGACCAGCUACGGUACUUCCCGUUGAAUACAGUACUAGCGGCGCCGCCUGCUCCCCCGUCAGAAGAAUGGAGUUCCGAAUCAGAACCCGACUGGGGCUCAAGAUUCUCAUCGUCUGAGGAUUCUGAUGGCCCUACACAUCAUUCUGCUAAGCGGAAGAAACUGACAAAGACGAAGCGCAGUAGCCAGGCGGAGGUGCGAGAGUCGCGCGAGCCCCGCGAGGAGACGCGCGAGGAGGACCUCUGCCGCGUCUGCAAGCUGCGUCUCGAGGCCAACCGACGCUACACGCACGAACGGUUCCUCGUCUGCGCUAAUUGCAACGCCAAGCUGCACCCGUCGUGCCUGGAGCUGAGCGCGGACACGAUCCGCAAGUGCCGCGAGUACGCGUGGCAGUGCGCCGAGUGCAAGACGUGUUGCACGUGCCGGCAGCCCGCCGACGACGACAAGAUGCUCUUCUGCGACCUCUGCGACCGCGGCUUCCAUAUCUACUGCGUCGGACUCGACACCGUGCCCAGCGGUCGGUGGCACUGCGUAGAGUGUGCGAUCUGUAAGUCAUGCGGGGCGCGGUCGCCGGGCGGCGCGGGCGGCGCGGCGGGCGCGGCCAGUACGAGCGAGCCCGCCGAGUGGCACCAUCAGACGCGACGCGGCCUCGGCGGACACAAGGUCUACUCGCACUCGCUCUGCACGCCCUGCGCCAGUAACAAGAGGGUGGCCAACAAAACCUGAGUUUCCCAAAGGAAGAAUAUAUAUCGAGGGAUGCUGAUACAAAAUUGCGUUAGACAGACGGUGUCUAAUCUGAACGUGCUGGACUACACGUGCGCGGAGUGCCGGCGGACGGGCAUCACGUCGCGCGCCGCCGCCGUGCGCCUGGCGCCGCGCACCAUCGCCACGCUGUUCAUGGCCAAGCGGCGCUUCAACAAGUACGCGCAUCGCCAGUACCUCGCCAGCCGUCGCCGCCAGGCCGAGGAGGCGCGCCUCGAGGCGGCCGGCGAGGACUCGGUGGACGCGGGGGACGCCGGGGACGCGGGGGACACGGGGGACGCGGCCGACGCCGAGCCGCUGCGGGUGGAGCUGCGCGACGACAUGUCGGAGGGGUCGGACGCGCCGCCCGACCUGGCCGACACCAGCGACCCGCUGGACGCCGCGAACGACGCCUGAACUCUCCGCGGUGUGCGCGUCAAGCGGUGGACUGUAUACAAACUGACCGUGUAAUAUAUAUGUAGCUGUUGUUAGUUCAUAUGUAACUCUUAUUCGCUUCGGUACUACGGUUGUAAGGUAAACUGUUACAUAAAUCUGAUUAAUAUAACGAUUAACCGGUAGGCUAUGUACGUGUAAGUUGUCGGAUAGUGAGGAGAUACUAGGUGUAUUGUCUCUUUGUGUUAUCGCUGCGUUUUAUUUUCUAUACGCUGAGAUGUUUGCGAGUACGAUCCCCGGAGGAGCCGGCGCUGAAAUAUUAUGUAUAUUAUUAUAUCCCUAGUGGGAGUUAGACGGUUUGAUUUAACAGAUGAUAAAGAUCAUAAAAGUGGUUAGAUAGAUAGCUGUAGAUCGCAGGACUCUUAACAUUAAAACUGUACAGUAAUUUAAUACUAACUUCACUAUAUGGGUAGCUGGGCAAUCAUACUAUUUUUAAUAUCAUAGAUUUGAGUUAAAGUAUCCUGCAAGACAAAUCAUGUAUCUUAUUGUGUAUUCGUCCACAAUUGGUUAUGUUAAAAGUGAUUAGAUUAUGAGAGAUUGUGUAGUUGUGCUGUUAUUACUUUACGAUGGAUGGUUUAGUUGCAUUGUGUCGAAUCAUGUUCGUUUUAUGUGUGAACUCUAUAUUAGAACUGCAAACGGACAUGGUACAUUCUGUCAUUUACGAAUUAGUUCUCAGGAAUACAAAAUAAAAUAAAUGCAUACAAUAGAAAUCUGCCUUUUAAUGCAUUUUUUGAUUUUGUUUCUAAAUUGUUUUUAUUGUCACUGCUGUUGAUGAAUCGAUCCACAUACUAUUGAAGACAGUGCGCAUUUUGUUUAUUUUUUAUAUAGUAUAAUUUUUAGAUUAUCGUUAAUUUCGCUUAAUAAGGUAUUUAUUUUAGUUGUACUUUUAUAUGGAUACAGCUGUAUACAAUCUUAUGUCCCAGAUAAUAUUCGCGGAGGAUUGUUACAAGAACGUAGGGAAUUUUAUAUAAAUUCAUCAGGUUCGGAUAGUUAUGAUUGAUUCUGUUUGCCUGUAAUGAAUUUUAUUUAUGAAUCGUUUGGGUAUGAUUAAGAAUAUGUUUCCCCCUAAUACGCACUUUAUGAAAGUUGUUGAUUAAUUACACUAGAUUAUUUUAUAAGAUUUUUAUCGUUUCUGUAGUUUAAUUAUUGUACGAAUCAAAUUCAGCAGCUCUUCUUUCAAAUAACAUUUAUUGUUUUCCUUACUUAAUUUCAAAGUACAAAACAUAGGCUACCUUUAUGUACUAUUAACUAGCACUCGUUCUGGAAGGCAAUAUGAACCCAAUGAAUAAAUAAUUAUAGUUUUAUAGAAAGAUCAAAUAAAUUAUUUAAUUCAGAGUAUAGUAUGUUUAUUUUUCAUUAUGAGAAAAUUAUUUAUUUAUACCUAUGGUUACAAAGAUAGUAUUAUAGCAGAAUUGGGUGGUAUUUAUUUCCAGGGCGAAUCCGGGAAUGAUUGGUUGGACAGUAGUCCUGCAGCCACUGGUAUUCGUUUUCGGUAUACGUAACAUUCGAUUCAACAAGUGUAUGCAUUUGCUGUACUUACGAUAUAUAACUCUGCGCGCUAUCGUCUUUUAACCACUGCUGUGUGCAAUUAUCCCCAUAAUGUUGUGUAUUAUAUCUUGUAUUAGAAUUAUAUUGUGUAAGUGCAGGUGACGACCUUAGUAACUUCAUUGAAUACUGACACUAAUGUAUCAAUGUUUUAGUUUAUAAUUAUGCUUUGGUUAAUAUUAAUCAUAAUUUACUUAUUAGUGAUGACUUUUAAGAUAAAAUUGAUGUCCUCGAAAUCAUGAUAAUAUAAACCUUUUAUACAAUAUACACAACUGAUCCCGGUGUGACUGACACCGUAAUUCGCAUUGCUUUAUCGACACAGGUGAAUUUGUAAGACUUACUUGUAAGAGAAUAAUGAUAACUUUAUGUCUACUUAAUGCAAGUGUAAACGUUCUAGAAAUCUCGCACUGUUCGGUCAAUUUUUGUAAAAAAAGAUAAAUAAAUUUUAAUUUGAAC